AAUUCUUUCCCCAUAAACUCACUCCUCAACUUCCUCUCUCUCCCCAGAGACAGUUAUUCAUGAUUCAGCCCAUGAAUGAAUGAGUGCUUUUUCAUUCUUGCUUCAUUCGCACCCAUUAGUACCUUCCAAAUCCAAUGCCAAAAAAAUUUAACCAUAAAAGGAAGAAAAAGAUUCAGUGCACAUAAUAAUAAUAACAAUUGGAAAGAAAAAAACAGACCAUUCUCGUCUUGUUAUAAUUACAAUGAAUCAUGUCUUUCUUUAACUACACUUAAUCUUUUUUUUCACUCAUUCUUGUUUCCAUCUCCAACUUUUCAAUCUCCCCAAACCCAUGCCUUAAGUUUGAUACAAGUCUUUCAAACUCUAAAUGACUGAAACUACUGAAGAAGACCCAACGAAACAAGAAUCCCCCUUCAUGGAGUUCUUGAGGAAUUUCAAACGCUUGAAACCCAUUGAAACGACAUUGUGCGGUUCUCUUGGUUUUUACUUUCUUACAAUUUUCAGUUUCUUAAGUUUCUUUUUUUACUUUGAUUACAGAGUUGUUAAUAACGGUGAGCAACAUAGAUUUCAAACAGAGAAGUUUAAGUGGUUAACUGCAGGUUCUUUUGAUCAUCAUAAUGAUAAGUAUGAUGUAAUGUUUGAUAAUGAUAGUGGUGGUGGUGGUGAUGUUGUUGAGAAGUUGAGAUUUCUUGAUGAUGGGAAGUGUGAUUUGUUUAAUGGUGAAUGGGUUUGGGAUGACACAUAUCCUUUGUAUCAGUCUAAAAAUUGUAUGUUUUUAGAUGAGGGUUUUAGAUGUUCUGAAAAUGGUAGACCGGAUAGUUUUUAUACUAAAUGGAGAUGGCAACCUAAAGAUUGCAACUUGCCCAGAUUUGAUGCAAAGGAUAUGUUGGAGAAGCUACGAAAUAAGAGAAUAGUUUUUGUUGGUGAUUCAAUUGGAAGAAACCAAUGGGAAUCACUUUUGUGCAUGCUCUCAUCAGUGGUUGUUGAUAAGGAUUCUAUCUACGAAGUGAAUGGAAGUCCCAUAACAAAGCACAAAGGGUUCUUGGUGUUUAAGUUCAAGGAAUACAAUUGUACAGUCGAGUACUACAGAGCUCCAUUUCUAGUUCUACAGAGCCGAGCACCAGCUGGAUCUCCAGAACAAGUUAAGACAACCCUGAAGCUACAUCAAAUGGACUGGACUUCUAGACAGUGGAAAGAUGCAGAUGUGCUGGUCUUUAACACUGGUCACUGGUGGAACUAUGAAAAGACUAUAAGAGGGGGAUGUUAUUUUCAAGAAGGUGAUGUUGUGAAGAUGGAAAUGAAUGUUGAAACUGCAUAUAGAAAGUCAAUUAAAACCUUGAUUAAUUGGAUAGAAAAAGAAGUAAAUAUGAGUAAGACUCGAAUCUUUUUUCGCACCUAUGCCCCCGUCCACUUCAGGGGCGGGGAUUGGAGAACGGGAGGGAGUUGCCACAUGGAGACACUACCAGAAUUAGGGUCCUCAUUAGCUCCACCUCGGACAUGGGUUCCUCUCAAUAUCUUCAAUGGCGUACUAGCAGAGCAAUCAAACAAGUCACGUGUGCUUGGAAUGGAUGUACUGAACAUAACUGAAUUGACUUCAAGAAGGAAAGAUGGGCAUUUAUCUUUGUUCUAUCUCGGUCCUAAGGAGAGCCCUGCACCUCUUCACAGGCAGGAUUGUAGUCAUUGGUGCCUGCCAGGAGUACCUGAUGCAUGGAAUGAACUACUCUAUGCACUAUUCAUUAGACGGGAGACAAAAACUCAAGAAAAAGUUUUGCAGGCAAACAUGAAAAACGCUUCUUGAUUAUAAUACACUAACAGAUGGUAGAAGGACCUGCACAAGAAUGAAGCCGUGGUCUCUUAAUUCCACAAUUGUUAAUUUCAGAUGACAGUUUUUCCAAACGAAGAGAAUCUAACGUGGUGUAUUAAAACUCCCCAGUUUCAAGAAAAAAAAGUUCUGCGGCCAAGUUCAUUUUGCCUGUUGUAUAGAUGGGAAAAUCCCAAACUGUAAUUAGAGACAUUACAAAGGCAUUUCAAUAUUAUCUUUUCUUUUCAUAA